AUGGGCAGUUUAAAGUCGAAGAAGCCAAUUCGAGGGUACCCGAGCUUCUCCCCCUCGUUGAACACGGAGCCCCAUCCUCUACAACAUCCAUCUCAACCUCUGCCUGCUUCACUGGCCUCACCUCGCCCACCACCACGCCUUCCUACGCCCACGUCCAACCCACCGUGCCCAUAUAAACAGUACAACAAUCCUACGACUGGUUUACUAUCGUCCGCUGCGCAAAGCCAAGAGUUGCAUUUGAGGAAAUAUUUGAAGGGUGGGGAGCAUGUGUCGGGGAUUUGUGAGAUGCUGGCGAUGAGGGUCGCGGAGAUACGGUUGUGGAAGGUGAAGGACCGGUUGGUGGAGCUACAAGACGAGCAUGUAUUGGAAUUGGAACACGCGACGAGGAUGUUGAACCAUUCGGACGAGUCACUCGUCCUGCAGAUUGACUUCCCGUACAUGCUCGAACUCGUCGACUUUUGUAUCGAUUUUCUGAAGGCCCACUUCCGCGAAGCAGAGCUUGACCUCCUCCACUUCCAACAAUGUAUGACUCGCACAAUGACGCUUGCCGGAACAUUAUUCGUCGGGUCUUUUGAAUGUCGUGCGGCGUUGUUCACGGUGAGGGGAUAUCGUGGCGAGAAGGUCAGUUGGAGAGGUGAAGGUGUUGAGGGUAGGGCGAGGGAACCUCGUCAAGGUGACACGGGCGAAAUGCAGCUAUCUCGAGCAGCUCAGCACGGACGAGCGGGAGUUGUAUCGGUGCUUUUUCGAUUUGGUGGAAGAGGGACUCUACGAAUCAGCUCUGCGUGCCUCCACCACACCACCCGAACCGACGGACUCCCGAAAUCCACGAACGCACUUACGAACUAAUCUACCAUGCGCCCAACCGAUACACUCAAAACAGUGCACUCAAACAAACACGCCCCACCUAUUGAUCAACGCACCCAUGAUCACAAAAAAGAACGCACUCACUUAUUAGCCCAACCAAGACCGAAACGAAAGACCCACAGCGGCGCCGACCUCAAAUCCCUCUGCGACUACCUCCACGGCAAUCUCCGUCCUCGAAUCCAACACGCACAGAGGCUCGGAGCCCCGGCUGAGGUAUGCGCGGUCUUAUAAGCACUCAGGGUAGUCGGCGGGCCUCCGAUCAUUCGCUAGAGAUCGCUUCGGGGCUUCAUCGUAACGAUAGCUGAGGAGUGCGCGACGACAUAUGAGACAGGAUGAUGGCGAAGAAAGAUGACGACAGAAGAGAGAAAGGCUUAGUCGAGUUGGGGAUAAACGGGCUAUUGAGGAUGAUGCUGCAGGACUCGAAGAUGGCAUUCGGUGGUUCGUUCCCAGUUCUGGGACAGAAGAUAUGGAUUAGGCGGGUGUGUUCGCGAAGGCCGGGAACUGAGCGAGAAAAUCUCAACGACACAGACUGAAACGGGAAAGACAAAGACGCGGAGGCGAUGUAGCGGAGUGACGGAGACGGUAGAGGCUAUAAUAAGAGCUUGACGCGGUGCUUUUCCUUGUGAGGCCAUGGCUGACAUUGAGGGAGAGAUAGCAAGAGUGUUUCAGGGACUACUGACGAGUUUGGAGUCAGACAGUGGAGAACGGUGUUAGUAGUGUGUAUGCGUGUAGCGGGAUGAACACGGGUGAGUGUAACCGUGUAUAGGAGAUGAGUAUG